CGAUCGACGAUUCUCCAUCUGUUUACAGCGUUGGAUUCCCUCCUCGGAUGAACUUGGCGUCGCAGUUUGCCCACAAAGUGAAGGAGAUGUUCUUCGCCGACGACCCUUUACGGCCUUACAAGGGGCAGACGAGAUCGAUGAAGUUCCUACUUGGCCUUCAGUACUUGUUUCCCAUCCUUGACUGGGGACGAAGCUACGAUCUCGCUAAGCUCAAAGGAGAUGUUGUUUCCGGGCUCACAAUCGCAAGUCUUUGCAUCCCUCAGGACAUCGCAUACGCGAAGCUCGCAAACUUGGAACCACAGUACGCAUUGUACACCAGCUUCGUUGCACCUCUGGUCUACGCUGUGAUGGGUAGCUCGAGAGACAUCGCUAUCGGACCGGUGGCCGUCGUCUCGCUCUUGCUGGGGACCCAACUUCAAAACGAGAUCGAUCCCGUGAAGAACCCCGAAGAGUACCUAAGACUUGCCUUCACGGCCACAUUUUUCGCUGGCGUCAUCCAAGCAGCUCUCGGUUUCUUCAGAUUAGGGUUCCUCAUCGAGUUCCUCUCUCAUGCCGCCAUCGUCGGAUUCAUGGCAGGCGCCGCCGUCACGAUUUCGCUUCAACAGCUCAAAGGAUUUCUCGGUAUCAAAAACUUCACCACCAAGACCGACAUCGUAUCCGUCAUGAAAUCCGUUUGGCGUCCCGUUCAUCACGGUUGGAAUUGGCAGACGAUACUGAUAGCCACAGCAUUUCUGACCUUCCUUCUCGUAGCCAAGUACAUUGGAAAGAAGAGGAAGAACCUUUUCUGGGUUUCUGCACUUGCACCACUCGUAUCAGUUAUUCUUGCAACCUUCUUCGUGUAUAUAACUCGCGCCGACCGGCACGGCGUGCAGAUCGUGAGACACAUAAAGCAAGGCAUCAACCCAUCAUCUGCCGGAGAGAUCUACUUCAGUGGCUCAUAUGCAACAAAAGGACUCAAGAUUGGAAUAGUGGCUGGACUUAUAGCCCUGACGGAAGCAAUAGCGAUUGGAAGAACAUUCGCUGCCAUGAAGGACUACCGACUGGAUGGAAACAAGGAGAUGUUGGCACUGGGAACCAUGAAUGUGGCUGGUUCAUUGACUUCUUGCUACAUUGCAACAGGCUCUUUUUCGCGUUCGGCAGUCAAUUACAUGGCUGGUUGCCACACAGCAGUAUCCAACAUCGUCAUGUCCGUAACCGUGAUGCUAACCUUGCUGGUGAUCACUCCCCUCUUCAAGUACACCCCCAACGCCGUCCUCGCGGCGAUCAUCAUCUCGGCUGUGAUCGGCCUAAUUGACUACCAAACAGCGUAUCUCAUAUGGAAGGUCGAUAAGUUGGACUUCCUUGCAUGCAUGGGAGCCUUCUUUGGUGUCGUCUUCAUCUCCGUCGAGAUCGGCCUCUUGAUCGCCGUGAUGAUAUCCUUUGCCAAGAUCCUGUUACAGGUGACGAGGCCAAGAACAGCCCUGCUCGGGAAUCUUCCAGGAACUGAGAUUUACCGAAACGUUGAGCAGUAUCCAGAGACGAUCAAAGUUCCAGGAGUUCUCAUCGUGAGAGUUGAUUCUGCCAUCUAUUUCACCAACUCCAAUUAUGCAAGGGAGAGGAUCUUGAGAUGGCUGAAGGACGAAGUGGAGCAAAUAAAAGCCAAAAACCUGCCAAUGAUCGAGUUCUUGAUAGUAGAACUGUCACCGGUGAUCGACAUCGAUACGAGCGGCAUCCACGCUUUCGAAGACUUGCACACUGCCCUCCAAAAGCAUGGUGUUCAGCUUCUUCUUGCAAAUCCUGGGGCUGCGGUGAUCCAGAAGCUGCGCUCCUCUGGGUUCAUCGAGAUCAUCGGCCGCGACAAGAUCUUCCUGACCGUGGGAGAUGCUGUGAAGGCUUGUGCUCCAAAGGCAAGGGAAGGCGUAUGAAGUACCCCAUCAUAUGAUGAUCUAUAUUUCUGAGAGUUCAUGUUCAUCAGAAUCAAGAGAAAAAAUAGUUCAUAUAGUUUGGAUGUAUGUGCGCCAUACUCUCUCUCUUUCUCUCUAAGAAAAAAAAAGGAGAAAAAGAAAAAUUUGUGUUUAGUUGUUUGCUUCUUGGUACUGUACUGUAUCAAAAUAAGUGUGACUAUAUAUCCAUUUAUUACAUCUAAACUUUACUUUGUUUUCCCA